AGUCACUUCAAAAUCACAUUUUCGCAAAAUCACAUUCACAAAUUCAAUCUCUGAAUAUUUCUGGAAGAAACAAAGUUAACUAGAAAAGGAAAAAUUUUAAUGGAUAUGUUGCCGAUAAAGUUACCGGAAUCCGACGACACCAAAGGUUUGAUGAAUUUCAAGGAGACGGAAUUAACUCUAGGUUUACCUGGUGAAUCAAGAACAACUGACAGGGAAAGUCUCAAUGGAGAAGGAAAAAUCAAUAAUAUGAAACGUGGAUUUUCUGAAACGAUUGAUCUCAAGCUCGGAACUGAUAAAGAUUGUCGUGGCGACGAUGAAAUUCAAUCGGAAGUUCAGAGAUCUGGAAAAGUUCCUGCUCGCAAGGCACAGGUUGUUGGAUGGCCGCCGGUCCGGUCGUUUAGAAAGAAUAUUACCACGAAGAAGACGAGUUGUACGUAUGUUAAAGUAGGAUUAGAUGGAGCACCUUAUUUAAGGAAAAUUGAUCUGGAAAUGUAUGCUUCGUAUCAAGAACUUCUUGAUGCUGUUGAAAAAAUGUUCACCAUUACUCGUAAUCAAAAUAAAUUAAUGGAUCCAGUAAAUGGAACUGAAUAUGUACCAACUUAUGAAGAUAAAGAUGGUGAUUGGAUGUUAGUUGGUGAUGUUCCAUGGAAGAUGUUUGUUGAAUCAUGUAGAAGAAUCAGAUUAAUGAAAAGUUCGGAGGCAGGUUGUUUAGCUCCAAGAACACCUCCUAAAUGCACAUGAAGAAGAGGAGCAAGAGCAACUAAUGAUGUUUGCAAAGAGACAACCAUGGGAAGAGGUCGAUUGCAACAAACUCAAGCUUGGGCUAUGAAAUACACAGGGUGAGAAAAGCAGCCAGAUCUUCCCACGCUUUUGCAACUUUGGACGACUUGGAAAGAUCAAAGCUGCAAAAAAGAGUUUCGCAAGUUUUGAUUGUUCUAAAAGUGAAACCAAGAGAGCAUAUAUGGGCAUUCUUCCUAGCUUGAACCAAAACUUGUUAGGACAGACCUCCUUCAGGAAAUUGAUUACACAAAGGGAAGUAGUCAUAGGCUAAGAAAGAUCCUAUUGUAGAUGCUCAUACUUGUAUUUCUUCUGAAACUAGUCUUCUUUCAGUAAAAAGCUGGUUCAAGUUGUAUAUAAUCUUUUCAACCUUUCAAGAGUUCA